AUGUCUGUCUUGAGGAGAGCUUACUUUGGCAUGGCUGAGGUCCUGCUGGAGCUGUCGAAGCCUGAGUUCCCAUGUAUUGGAGCUGUGAGGAAGUACGAGGCCGAGUGGGUUGUGCGAAAACGACCACUUACUUUCAACAUGAAUCGACUCGCCCAAUUCUCUAAUAUUCCCGAAAAUAUCUUCAGUCAACAACGUUUCAACAAUGCAGCGGAUUAUUUUGAGGAGCUUGCUCGUCAACAUUACCACCAUUUUGAGCUACAACGAAACAAUGCAGUUACAGAUGAGGCCGACUGCCGAAAGAAGUAUAUCGCACGUUGUCUUUUCCGCAAGUUGUCACGCGAUAUACCCAAAGAGAACUACUAUGGUCCUUUCCGGCUUUAUUGUGAUGGCCUACAUCCUGACAACGUCUUUGUUGAUGCAUCAGGGCUUUCUGUCACUGGAGUGGUUGAUUGGGAGUUUACCUAUGCUGCUCCUGUUGAAUUUACAUACGCAGUUCCUUCGUGGCUCUUGUUAGAGAGACCAGAGGACUGGGAAACUAAUCUCAAUCAAUUCUUGGUGCGUUAUAUGCCAAGAUUUCACACUUUUCUUGAGGUUCUCAAGGAUUGUGAGACCAAGAAAAUUGAAGAUAGUUCUUUGUCACCAUCUCAACGACUAUCAACCGCUAUGGAGAAAUCAUUGGAGACUGGACUGUUUUGGAUUUGUCUUGCUUCACGGCAUAGCUCUAUGUUUGAUGAAAUCUAUUGGAAGUUCAUUGAUCCGAGAUUUUAUGGUCCGUUUACAACAAUCGAGGAUCGAUUUGGUCUGCUCACUGCAGAGGAGCGGGCGAACAUUGACACCGUUGUUGAGAAUAAAAUGCAGCAGGCAAGCGAGGGCACUUUGGUCUCUCAUUACACCAUUGACGACCUGGUUGAGCUAUAA